ACGGCGGUUCCGUCAGCCGCAUUCUCAACCACCGGGACGGCAGCUGGGGCAGGGGCACCACCAGCACCAGCACCACCGACUCCGCCUGCGAUUCCACCGGCACCUGCUCCAGCCGGGGGCACACCACCAGCAGCACCUCCAGCGCCUAAUCCCGGUCCACCAAGGCCGGGGGGGCCCGCACCUCCGAAUCCUCCACCGACCGCACCGGCAGCUGGGAUUCCC